GACCACAGCAUCACAGCCCUUACGAUCGUGUGCGAGAACAACCACGCAGAAGGGGCACGGUCAGGGGUGAGGACAGGAAACGGAAGUGGCCCUCAGAGGACGUUUAAGUCCUGUUGGCGCGCGACGCUAAAGCGAGUGCACGAGGUUUUGUGGCGUGACAGUCAUCAGUGAUUUUUGAGGAUUUCUUGGUGUCCCCGUGGAGCUGUUGAGUUUCCUCCUUACUGGAGGCUGCGGGAUCUUCCAUUCAUUCUGACCGCAGCCCACAUACAGACUCCCCUCCAGCUUUGGAAGGUGGGCUGAGACCCAGGGUGAACAUGCCAGCUACUGGGAAAUCACCCCAGAGGUUCCCUGCCCUGGUUCCAGGACAGCCUGGCAGAUCCUUUGAGCUGAAAAAUGAUGCGCUACGUCCUAUGGCCUCUAUGGUUUCUGAUGUGAAAUCUGCCGUCAUUCAAAUUGUUUCUGUAGGGAUCUGUGUCAUUUGAGGACGUGGCUGUGGAUUUUACCCGACAGGAGUGGCACAGACUGGACCCUGCUCAGAGGACCAUGCACAAGGAUGUGAUGUUAGAGAACUACAGCAACCUGGCAUCCGUGGCUCAUGAAGAUGCACCUUCCUCCUCCUCCAUCAGAGGCCCUAGCGCUCAGACAACUUGGCCCAUGUCCUCUGCCAUUUCCCAUUAACAGGCCUCUGCGUGGCCAAACCGGAGAUGAUCUUCAAGUUGGAGCGAGGAGAAGAGCUGUGGAUUUUAGAGGAGGAAUCCUCAGGCCAAGGUUUCCCAGGAUCUCUCUCACUGCUGUGUGGCAAGAGUUCUGUCGGGGGUGGUGCCCUGAGGCAUGACAGUGACCUUCAGCGUCAGAAGAUUCAACCUGUGGAUCAAACUGUUGAGUAUAAUGGAUAUGGAAAAGUCUUCUACAAGAACACAGGCUUUGUUGCACAUAAAAGAACACACGCAGGAGUAAAAAACUUUGGAUGUCACGAAUGUGGGAAGAGUUACUGCAGGAAAUCAAACCUUAUCGAACAUCUGAGGAUACACACAGGGGAGAGACCCUAUAAGUGUGGUGAGUGUGCCAAAACCUUCAGUGCAAGGUCAUACCUCAUUGCUCACCAGAAAACCCACACGGGGGAGAAACCCUUUGAAUGUAAUGAAUGUAGGAAGUCUUUUGGCCGGAAGUCACAACUCAUUCUACACCAGAGAACGCACACAGGAGAGAGACCGUAUGCGUGUGCCGAAUGUGGGAAAACCUUUUCUGAGAAGGCAACCCUUAUGAUUCACCAGAGAACCCACACAGGGGAGAAGCCCUAUGAAUGUAGCGAAUGUGGGAAAACAUUUCGAGUCAAGAUAUCCCUUACCCAACACCAGAGAACCCACACGGGGGAGAAACCAUAUGAAUGUGGUGACUGUGGGAAAAACUUCCGUGCCAAGAAAUCCCUAAAUCAACAUCAGAGAAUUCACACAGGUGAGAAACCCUAUAAAUGUGGCGAAUGUGGGAAGUUCUUCAGAAUGAAAAUGACUCUCAAUAAUCAUCAGAGAACUCACACAGGUGAAAAACCCUAUCAGUGUCAUGAAUGUGGGAAAUCCUUCAGGGUACACUCGUCUCUUGGGAUACAUCAGCGAAUUCACACGGGAGAGAAACCUUACGAAUGUAGCAAAUGUGGCAAUGCCUUCUAUGUUAAAGCACGCCUCAUUGAACAUCAGAGAAUGCAUUCAGGAGAGAAACCCUACGAAUGCAGCGAAUGUGGAAAAAUCUUCAGUAUGAAGAAAUCCCUCUGUCAACACCAGAGAACUCACACGGGAGAGAAGCCCUAUGAAUGUAGCGAGUGUGGAAACGCCUUCUACGUGAAAGUACGCCUCAUUGAACAUCAGCGGAUUCACACGGGAGAGAGACCCUUUGAAUGUCAAGAAUGUGGCAAGGCCUUCUGCCGGAAAGCGCACCUCACGGAACAUCAGAGAACUCACGUGGGCCGGCCCUUGCCUUUUACCGUGGAGAAAGCUUCUUUGUGAAGACUCCCAUCACCGUCUGACCAAGCCCUCUGGGUCCUCUGGUCACCGGCACACAGAGCACACCCGUAACGAUUAGGCUCGGACACUGGUGUGAAAAUACAUCCUGAUUCCUCUUAGGGGAUAGCUCGUUGUUUUCGUUUCAUUUGGAUUCCCCUAAUUAAUGGUGAGGUUGAAUAACUUCUUACCUGUUGACUGGCCGUUAGGGUUCUUUUCUUCUGUGCUUUGACUGUUGUGUAUCCUUUCCCCAUUGUUUUCUGACGGGCUGCUUAUCUUUUACAUCCUGGCUUUACAUGGUCUUGUUUUCGUUUUUCAGUAUAUGAGAAUGUACAAACCUUUUUUCAGUCAUGUGUACGGCAGAUAUCUUCUCCUGGACUGUGGCUGGUUAUUUAAUGUUGUUAACUCUUCCGUUGAGGUUUUAUGUUCGAAUAUUAUCAGUGUCAAGGUGAUCACAAUUCUCCUACACUUUUCCUCUAAAGUUAAGGUUUUCCUUUCAACAUUUAGAAUGUUAAUCUCCCCUGAGGUUGUGUGUGUGUGUGUGUCUAGCGUGAAUUGUACAAUAUAUAAUACUAUAUUCCUCUGAACACUUUCCAUAAAUGGUUCCACCCUGUGUUGAAAGUUCUGCAGCUUGCUUUUUUCAUGAAACGUUAUCUGUCCUUGAUCUAUCCAUGCUGAUAAAUAUAGGUCUGGUGUAUUCAUUUCUCUCCCCCUAGCGCAAGACAUUUGUGUUGUUUCUGUGUUUAGCGUCUGGAUCUAAAAGUGGAACCGAUGGGUCAUAGAGUAUAGGCAGUGUUUAAGUUACUAAGCUGUUGUGCCCCUAGCUCCAACACCCCCCCUUCUACGCUGUUCUUUGCGACGCUGGGGCUGUGACUCUACAAAACAUGUUUCUGUCUUGCCAGCUGCUUCCCGUGGGGCCUUGCCAAUCGGAGAUAGUAACCGUGAACCGUGAGCGUGAGGAAGGAAGAAGGGCCUUGCUCCUUUUCUUUUCCUCCCUGUUGGCGCCCCGUUCAUCUGAGUGUCAGCCCAGUAUCGCUCCCUCCCUUGCGCAGAAGUUCCUCAUGGUGGCAGUUGUUUAAUUCAGCACUCACAGAACAGCCAGUGGUGCCCCGCCCCCUCAGAAACACUAGCGGCAGCUGGCUCGUGCCACCCCCUUGGGAGUUACCAGUCCCACCCACGUGACACCACUCCCCAGCCUUCCAGUUUUUCAACCGACUGAGCCACCCAGGCACCCCAGCCAACCUUCCGGUUUUUAAUAAUUCCAGUUUCUUCCCUUGUUACCGUAGCCUAGCUGCUUCCUGCAGUUGCUGCCUCCAUGAUAAUUUUAAUGUUCUCUUUCUGUCCUUUUCAGUUACAUGGUUAAUAACUUUGUGACUAGUCAAAAAUUCUUUAUAAGAAGUUCUUUUCAUUAAAACAACUGGCAUCGUU